AUGAAACAACAUAGAAAGUUACUAUACAAACAUGUAUUUCCAUCAAUUGUUGGUCGAAUAAAAUUUGUAAGUUUACAAUAACUAUUAUAUUCAUUUUUUUUUUAUACAGUUAACCUAUCUAUAAUAAUAUUUUUCUUAGGCAAAACAACAGUUUACUGAAAGUACUAAAACUGUACCAGUACCUCAAAUAAUUGAAAAAAAUAAUAUUUUAGAUUUUGAUAAAACUCUUAUUAAGGUAAAUAAUUAUUUUAAUAUUCAUUUACGUACAUUGUUAAUUAUUGUAAUAAUAAUAUGAUUGUUCUUAUUAUUUAAUUAAUUAUACCUUCCACUUUAAAAUUGUUGUUUUUAUCUAGGUAUCUUCAACAAGUGAUGUAGAAUUAAAUGUGUUCCCUUUGGAUGUACCAUCUAUUUCAUCAAAAGUUAGCAGUCAUUAAAAUUUAAAAUUAAAUAUCCUGUGUAGACAUUUUGGUUUAAUUAAAGAAAUGUAUAUAUAUAUAUUUCCCUACUAUGUAUUUUAUUAUAUUAUAAUAUAUUUUAGUUUUUUAGUGGCCUAUACAAAAUGUAGAAAUCGUUGAGGUGUUUUCAAUGUUAAAUAUAUAUAAUGUUCCUAACUUAAGGUACAAUCUAUUAAUCAAAAUUUACCAGAAACUGAUGAAAUCAAAUUUGAUCACAUUCAGUGGAAGGUAUCUAUGGAAGAAGAAAUGAUGGCUCAUAAUGAGAACAAGACAUGGACAUUAGUUAGAUAA